GCACCGUAAAGUCGUCCACAUGGAUACUGAAAAAAUUGAUUCACCUUUCAGCAGUCAUGUCUUGGGCUUACAAAAUGCUUAAAUGGGUCGUAACUCGUGGCCCGUCCGGAGCGGCUGCUAGAGUCCCACCCGUUGUUACACCGCAUGAAUGUUACUGCAAUAAAGAAAACCACUGCAACGAGUUCAUAGAGAUCGACAACAACAACUCAUUUGCAUUCAACGAAUUGGGUAACUAUUACAGCCCAAGAAAAUGUAGUCUCUCAUCUGGACCGAUGAAGCGCAGCGCUUCGACGGAUUGCUUUUGCUCAAGAGAACCGAUCCAAUCAUGCACCGAGGCAAAACGACAAAGCCUCGCAUCAGACAGACAUUACGGAACUCCGUUGACAUCCAGAAGCACACCCACUGAACGUGUCCGGAAGCUACGAACGCGUCGAGAACGGAACAGAACUCUAGGCAAACGCUUACCUGCCACAUCUUCACUUAGUCCACUUCGUCUGGAAUCCUCGAGCGCACUUCAUUGUAGUGUCGAAGCAGAACUACUUCAAGACAUUCUCAAUGAAAAUCAAACGUUUAAUGAACGAGAAAUUAAAAGUCCAGACGAACCGAGACCUAUUCACUCCGGGAGGUUGUACCGGCAGCGAGUGGUCCGUCGCAAGCAUUCAAAAGCACAACCAUCACGCAGAGUGCAUUCGCUACAGCUAAACCCGAAUGACAGUGCCAGCAUUUUCGACUGCUUUGUGUUUCGAGAACUAGCCGAACAAAUGUCGGCAUGA